CCCGCCGCCCCCGCCGCCCCCGCCGCUCCCCCGCUCCUCGCGCCGCGGCGGCCCGAGCCCGUGCGGAGCCGGGGCCCGCGGGUGCCAUGCUGCCCGGGCGGCGGCGCUGAGCGAUGGCGACGCCGGUCCCUCCGCCCUCCUCGCGGCACCUGCGGCUGCUGCGGCUGCUGCUCUCCGGCCUCGUCCUCGGAGCCGCCCUGCACGGCGCCGCCGCCAGCCGCCCUGAUGCAGCAACCUGUCCUGGAAGCCUAGACUGUGCCCUGAAGAGGCGGGCUAGGUGUCCCACGGGUGCUCAUGCCUGUGGACCCUGCCUUCAGCCCUUCCAGGAGGAUCUGCAGGGGAACUGUGUGCCCAGGACGCACCGGCCUCCCGGGGAGGACCUGCCCCAGCCCAGACUGGAAGAUGAGAUUGACUUCUUGGCACAGGAGCUAGCCCUCAAGGAAGCCAGGCACUCGAGGCUCACAGCUGGGCCCCUGCCUGAGGUCCAGCAGCGGCUCCUGGAGCCUGCAGCUACCCUGGGCUUCUCAGAGAGGGGUCCGGGAGCCCAGCCCAGCCUCCCCUUCACUCGCGGAGCCUCUCUACCCACGCCCCGCGCCUCCUUGGGUUCCCCGGUAUCGUCUGGGCCGGUGCACAUGGCUCCCUUGGAGCCUGGUGGGGGGCGUGGAAGCGGCCUGGCCCUUGUGCUGAUGGUGGCCUUCUGCGUGGCCGGUGCGGCCGCCUUCGCGGUGGCGGCCCUGUGCUGGUGCAGGCUGCAGCGAGAGAUCCGCCUGACUCAGAAGGCAGACUACUCCACUGCCAAGGCACCUGGCUCACCUGUACCGCCCGGGAUCUCGCCCGGGGACCAGCGGCUGGCGCACAGUGCAGAGAUGUACCACUACCAGCACCAGCGGCAGCAGAUGCUGUGCCUGGAGCGGCAUAAGGGGCCUCCCAAGGACCUGGACUCAGCGUCGGAAGAGGAGAACGAGGACGGGGACUUCACCGUGUACGAGUGUCCAGGCCUGGCCCCGACCGGGGAGAUGGAGGUCCGCAACCCGCUCUUCGACCACGCCUCGCUGUCUGCGCCCCUCCCGGGCGGACACUCGCCGUCUCCGUCUCCGCUGCAGUGACCCUGGCCCCAACCACCUGCGCGCCUGCGUCCGCGGCGGGAGAGCGGCCGGGCCUCCGCCUGGAUGGGGCUGUGAGAGGCCCGAGGAGAUCCCCGCUUGUGCUAGGAGACCCGUGCUGCCUUGUACCCCCCCGCCCGGGGAGGUGGCUAGGCAGGAUGGGAAGUUCUGGAGACAGAAGCCAAUUAAAGCCCAUCUCAAACCUG